AACUUUACCAAUCGUCGUUGCUCACAUGAAGAAGUCGUCGGAUAAGUCACCGGUGCGGCGACAUGACACGGCGAAGCAAUUCAACUCUGACGAAGUGUCUUCUUCUAGUUCCUUCACUGAUUCCGAGUCGACUUGUUCCUUUUUGACUCCCUCUAUGGAGUUCCCGCAUCGCAUCAGUUUCCGGCAAAUAGAUUUGAGUGAAGCAGCUCCUAGUUCAACGAAUCUGGACAUUACUGAGUUGACUCGUUUCGAUUCGAGUGAGACUGAGGUGAUACCUUCCGAGUCGAAUAAGAUUGAGAAUUUAGCUCCCAAUGAAGAUAUUUCUGUUUCAACUUCUUCGUCGAUGACGCGCUCUUUGUUUAUCGAUAGAAUUCUAGCUCGUAUGAAGAAAUCUCCUCUUCUUUCACCGGGAAGAAGAGGAGAUAAGACAAGUCCGGUGCGGCGGUUAGACCGUCGUGAUGCGUUGAGGAAUAUCAAUUAUGAUGCAGGUGAAGAUUCUUCUUCGUUGUUGAUGACUCGUUCUUUGGAUUUCCCGAAUCGUACUAGUUUUCGAGUCGGUGGAAUUGAUGAAGGAGAAAUUGAUAGGAUUUAUCGGUAUUUUGAUGUUUCCGGUCCUGAAGAUUUUGCCAUUUCUUCUGAUGCUUGGGAAGCUGGUAAGGAGCGUUCCUCUUCAGAUGUUGUUAAUAGGUUGAAGUCUCUUGACAUUGAUUGUCACGAGGUUCAGAGUCAGGGUUUGAGUGAAGCAGGUCCUAGUGGUGUUGUUGUUGCUUCUAAUUUGACGCUUUCCGAGUCGAACAAGAUUGAGAACUUAAGUAGUUUGACGGAUAAGGAAGUUGUUGAUGGUGGUACUGUGGAGAACAACGGGGGUAUUGAACAAAAACCGCCUAUUUUGGUGAAGUCGAGAGGAUAUCUUGUUCCCAAUGAUGUGGUGGCUGUUGGUGGUGGAAUUAAGGGGGUAAGACCACCGGUACUAAACCUUACUCUGGCUGAUAAGGAAGUUGUUGAUGUUGGUAUGGUGGAGAACAAGAGUGAUAUUGAACGGAAACCAACUAUUUUGGUGAAGUCAAAAGGGUAUCUUGUUCCCAAUGAUGCGGUGGUUGUUGGUGGUGGAAUUAAGGUAAUACCACCGGUACUAAACCUUCCUCAAGAAAAUAAGGAAGUCGUUGAUGGUGGUACGGUAGAGAAUAGGAGUGGUAUAAAGGGGGUAGGACCAUCGGUACUUAAGCCUCCUCCGGUGAUGAAGCUACCUCCAGUUGAUCUUCCGGGAUCAUCUUGGGAUUUCCUUACUGAUUUUGCUCCGGAUAAUGAAACAGUUAGGCGGCCAAGUUCCUCUUCUUCUUCCGAAAAUGGUUGUGAUGAAGAGGAAGCUGGGGAUGAAAAAGUGGAAACGGAAGAGACGGGAGAUAUGUUUAUCCAAGUGGAUGAUACGACUGAUGAGGCAUGCUCAUUCACUACAAAUGAGUGUGACUCCUCAAGUUCAGUAUCCAAUACCUCGCCGAUUUAUGUCUCUGGAGGAUCUAUCAAUACUUCUUGGCAAAAGGGUCAACUUCUGCGACGAGGAUCAUUUGGCUCUGUGUAUGAAGCCAUUUCAGAAGAUGGGCUCUUCUUUGCUGUCGAGGAAGUUUCACUUUUAGAUCAAGGAAGUCAGGCACAAGAAUGCAUACAACAACUUGAGGGGGAAAUUGCACUACUUAGUCAGCUUGAGCAUCGGAAUAUUCUGCGAUACCGUGGCACAGACAAGGAUGGGUCAAAUUUGUAUAUUUUUCUUGAGCUUGUAACCCAAGGGUCCCUUCUAAAACUCUACCAAAGAUACCAGCUUCGGGAAUCUGUAGUCUCCUUGUACACAAAACAGAUUCUUGACGGCUUGAAAUAUCUUCACGAUAAAGGUUUUAUUCACAGGGACAUCAAAUGUGCAAAUAUAUUGGUGGACGCUAAUGGCGCUGUCAAACUUGCAGAUUUUGGAUUGGCAAAGGUGUCCAAGUUAAACGACAGUAAAUCCUGCAAGGGAACUCCAUUUUGGAUGGCUCCGGAGGUUAUUAACCCCAAGGGUAAUGAUGAUGGCUAUGGAAGUCCAGCUGAUAUAUGGAGCCUUGGUUGCACUGUGCUAGAAAUGUGUACUGGUCAUAUCCCCUACUCUGGUCUAACACCCGUUGAAGUCCAGAUUAGGAUCGAAAGGGGUACGCUUCCAGACAUACCUGAUAAUCUAUCGCUAGACGCUCAGGAUUUCAUAGUUACAUGUCUCAAAGUGAACCCCGAAGAGCGGCCAACUGCAGCUGAGCUGCUGAACCAUCCAUUUGUGAGAAGGCCCUUACCAUCCUCGAGCUCAGGAUCAGCAUCUCCGCUUAUCUGUAGAUGAGUCUAAUUUUAGUAGAUUGCCUCUAUAGGUGAAGCUUCUGGUUUCGUGAUAAUGAAAAAUAUAUUAGAAU